AACACCUGUAGCCUGCGGAGCUUUGAAGGAAGAACCGUUCCUCAUUUCAGGAGGAUUUUCAUUCACUGAGGAACUAAGUCCAGAACCAGGUCCAGACUGAGAAGAACCAGGUCCAGACUGAGAAGAACCAGGUCCAGACUGAGAAGAACCAGGUCCAGACUGAGAAGCUGCUUCACGAAUUAAAAGCAGACGCAGGGACUUUGUGAAGGAUGAGGUUUUAAAGCAGCAGCAGCGGUGGAAACAAGAUUAAAGAUGCUGCAGGUUGAAUGACGGACAGACGAUGAAAUCACUGUCACGGACGUUCGCGGUGGUGGCCGCGCUUUGUUUCUCAUCAGCAGUGACGGCUGAAGGUCUGCAGCAGCAGCAGCAGCAGGUGCGAGGAAAGGUCGGAGGUCAGGUGGAGCUGGAGUGCAGUUUCCCUCCGUCGUUGCCGCCUGACGUUUCCUCUGCGUCGCUGCACGUGGUGGAGUGGCUUCGACAGGGACUCGACAUUCCCGUCCUCAUCAGGUUUGGAUCGUACGCUCCGAGAGUUCAUCCUCGGUAUGAAGGCCGCGUGUCUCUGGUCCGUGUCGCUGCCAUGAGGCUGGAGGACGUGCGUCUGGAGGAUCAGGGUUUGUACGAGUGUCGGAUUCUGUUGUUGGACAGACCCACAGACGAGCGGAGGAACGGCUCGUGGACUCUGGUCUCUGUGUCUGCUCCACCCACCUUCACUGAAGCCCCGCCUCCUGUGGUGGAGUCUCUUGUUGGAGCUCACCUCUCUCUCACCUGUGUUGCCAGUGGCAACCCUCCGCCCACCAUCACCUGGAUAAAAGACGGGAGUGUGAUUCAUCAGGAGGGGGCGUUAUUUCUGCGAGCGCUGUCCACACAAUCAGCAGGACAGUACACAUGCCACGCCUCCAACUCUGAGGGGAACGUCAGUCAUGUGACCAGAGUCAAGAUCAAAGGUCCGCCCGUUAUUGUCGUCCCCCCGAAAAGCACCUCCCUCAACAUGUCCCAGAAUGCACUGCUGCGCUGCCAGGCGGUGGCCGACCCUCCCAACAUGACGUACGUUUGGCAGAAAGGAGGAGAAAACGUCCAUCACAUCGACUCUUUGAAAACUCGAGUGAAGAUCAUGGUGGAUGGAACUCUGCUCAUCUCCAGCCUCGUCCCAGAGGAUUCUGGGAACUACACCUGCACGCCGAGCAACGGCCUGCUGACCCCGCCCACAGCCUCCGCCAACCUCACAGUGAUGCAUCCAGCGCAGGCUCUUCAAAUGCCCCAGGAGACGUACCUGCCCACAGGCAUGAGCGGCGUGGUCGCCUGCCGAGCUGCCGCUCAGCCUCCGCUUCUUGGCGUCGACUGGACAAAGGACGGAGAAGCACUCGACCUGCUUUCGUAUCCAGGAUGGAGCUGGACAUCAGACGGCUCUUUGUUCAUGGCCACGGUCAAUGACGACGCAGCAGGCGUUUACACCUGCACUCCAUACAACAGCUACGGCAGCAUGGGUCCAUCUGGACCCACCACUGUGAUUCUACAGGAUCCGCCAUCGUUGAGCGUAGCUCCACAGAGUCAGUACAGACAGGAAGCUGGACGGACGCUGCUCGUCCCCUGUCAGGGAAACGACCACGCCGUCGUCACGGUGACCUGGAGCAAAGUGGACGUGAGUCGCCGCGUGUCGUUCUCUGUGGAAUCUAACGGUUCUCUGCUGCUGCAGCCGCUCACUAAAGACCACCAGGGGGCGUGGCAGUGCAGCGUCACUAACCGCGUGGCCUCGGUGAAGACGAGCACACGCGUGUUUGUUCUGGGGACCAGUCCACACCCAGUGUUCUCUCUGUCCGUGUCUCCGGGACUGAGACAGGCCAACGUGUCAUGGCAGCCGGGCUUUGAUGGAGGAGCAGCUCAGAGCUUCUCAGUGUGGGUGAAGAAGAUGUCAGUGAGUGAUGAUGAUGAUGAUGAUGGUGAGGGGAAGCAGAGCUGGUUCUCAGUUCCUGUGCCGUCGUCAGAGGGAAACAGAGUUCAGGUGACGGGAUUGUCUCCUGCCACAGAUUAUCAGUUCAGCGUUCUGUCUCACAACAAACUGGGAACUGGACCGUUCAGCGAGAUCCGGACCGCCCGGACUUUAGAUCCUCCACUGAGGAGAUGUCGACCGAGGCCUCCAGCUCUGCUGUCAGCUGAUGGAGACUCGGCCGGUCUUCUUCUCAGAUGGUCUCCUCCUGAGGAGCAGCGUCCUCCGCUCACAGGCUUCGUCCUCCAGUCUCGCUCUGAGGACGGCGGCUGGUUUGAUCUGGUGGAGAACAUCAGCGCCAACAGCAGUGAGGUUCUGGUUCAAGGUCUGCAGAAGGACCGCGUGUACGAGCUGCGGCUGCUUUCUCGUAGCGGGGAGUUGCUGAGCGAGCCCGGUCCAUCAGUCAAUGUCUCCAGCGUGGGGACACAGAUCUCCGCCGGCUCGUCCCAGCAGCUGGACUUUGUCCCGGAGCCGCUGUUAGCCGGAGUUCUGGGUGGAGUCGGGUUUAUGUGCUUUGCUCUGGUGGUUCUGCUCGGUUCUGCCUGUGUCAUCAACCACAAGAGGAACCAGCGCCGCAGGAGGAGGAGGAGGAAGGAGGAGGAGGAGGAGGAGGAGGAGAAGGAGGAGAAGGAGGAGUGUCCUGCGGUCAUCUACAAACACGCUUCAUCAGUAAAGACCUCAGGCUCUGGGAGUCCAGACAGUGUGUUGAAGAAGAGUUUGCUUCCAGCCAACAACCUCUAUCCCACCACCUCCUCCACCUCCUCCUCCUCCUCCACCUCCUCCUCACAGACAGACUGUUUCUCCUUCAGCGCUGACGACCAUCUUCAUCAUCAUCAUCAUCAUCACCACCAGAGGAAGCCUCUUCCGUCCAACUGCAGUAAAGGACGUCUCUCCAGAACAACGUCUUCUCCCGUUUCCUCUCAGAUUGAGAUGAUCUCCAGAGGCCCGGACGGACGCUUCUCACUUCCUCCGUACGACGACGCCACGCUGAGCGUUCACGGCAGGAACGCUCAGGUCCGAUACGAUCGUCCCGCUCAGGUCCGCAGGUCCGCGUCGCUGCACUCUGCUGGCGAGGACAGGAAAGAACGUCCGUUUGUCCUCUCUGUGGAUCUCCCUCCCUGCAAACCAGUGGACGCUGAUUCCACGAGUCAAAUGUACGACAGGACUCGGCAGCCGACGCUUCACAGCCGCUUCGUCUUUGAUAGGAAGGAAAAUGGCGACGUGUUCCUCGACCUCGGCAGCGUCUGCUCAAACACCAGUUUGGCCACGAUCCCUGUUCACGAGCGAGUGAGAACUCCCACGUUUCCAGUUCUGCCGCAUAUCAAACAUGGCUUGACUCAGACGACGACCGCCAGCGCUCUGGUGCUGCAGAUGGAGCACGAGCGAGAGACGGGGAACCUGAGUCGCUGCCUGAAACUGGCUCAGGAGCGGGAGGAGCUGGAGAGGGAGCUGCACAGGUAUGCGCUGGAGCGAGGCCCGGACAGACUUUCACCUGUUGACGGUGAGUUUGUGUGGGAGUAUAAGAGCAGGACGCUGCCUCACAGAUGCACGCAGAGCAGCAAGAAGAGCAUCGGUCUGUCCUCCGACGCCUCACCUUCAUCCUCCGUCCACUGGGACGCACGUCCACUCGUCUCUCUUGUCCCUCGCGUGUCUUCACCAGCCAGUGCCUCGUGCUCUCAGUCUGGCAGCCGUCAUCCUCGUGUGGACGAGGUCUACGGAUUAACUCUCCCACGUUUCUCCUCAAAACACCAGAGACGUGAAAGAGCAGCAGUGAAUACUCAUUCCGCUCAGUCCACAGUCCCAGAAGACUCAGACUCGUGCUCUCAGACUCUGAGACAGAACAGUCUGUUCAGUCGUGGCAGUUUUUCAAUGUCGUCUUUCCACGAGAACACAUUCACUGACAGUGAAGCUUCAGACUCUCGGCUCCUCAGGUCCAGUGAUGCAGACGCGUGUGCUGAGAUGAGUGUGGACGAACCUGAGUUUGAGGUUUUGGUGACAAGGCCGAUGCUUCAUCACAGAAUCGCCUCUCACCUGCAGCACGGACGCUCGCUGACUCCCCGACGCCAGCGUCACCACAUGAGGCGGAGUCAAAGCCUUAACUGCCGCAAUCAUGCCUCUGUGGACUCUGUCAUCCAGGUCCCAGCUUCUCCACCACGUCCAGAACCAGAACUCUGGAGAACCAGGACCACAAGCUCUAGGUUCUUGGACUCUAAGCAGAGAAGUCGGAGCCUGGACUCGAGGAGGCGGAAGGCAGAGAACGACUUUCCGACUCCUGAUGCCUGGAUAGAGUCGCUAAGUCAGGAGAACUGCUCUGUUGUGUCUUCCUGUCCUGCAGACAAUCUCUUCUGGAAGAACCAUAACUUUGCUACCAUGAAGAUCCAAAAGUCUUCUGCAGAUUGUGCCUCUGUGGCCCAUGCUGCCUCCAGAUCUCCUCCUCCUUUAGACACGGUGUCUUCAAACAGUCCAGAGCGGCCGAUAACAAAUCCCCACAUAUCUUUUCACUACGAGCCCUCAGGAACGACGCCUGUCUGUCCAAACGCCGGACAACGGCCAAUCAUCUAUCACCAGCAGAAGGCCACAAAAGAGGCAGAAGGUUACCUGCAGGAAGCUUCCAUGAGCUCACGCCCCAACAUCAAUGAUCAGGAGACACUGGAGGUGGAGGCCGGAGGCUACGAGGGAGUCCCAGAGUCCGGGAGCAGCUACAGCAGUUACGCGAGCAGCGGCCGAGGCAGCAUGGAGCCGGCGAACCGACGAAUGUCUCUGUGUCACCUGACCCCGACCCUCAGCAGCUCACCUGAGACUGUGGAGCAGAGCCAGGGACGGACACAGGACACACGGCGUCACCAAAUGGAACCAAACCAGAGGAGAAAAGCCUCGGUGGAUGAGAAUUACGAGUGGGAUGCAGCUGAUGUCGACUCACAGCCUGGAAACAGAGAUGGUUUGCUGCAGAAGCCUCUUCCUCUUCUUCUUCCUCCUCAGUGCUGCGACCUUCCCAGCAUGCACUGCUCCUCUCUGAUGUCGUCUUUGUGCUCGGGGCAUCAGAACGUCCGCUCUGCUAAACCAGAACCAGACACGGUUCUGUUCUGAGGCUUCAUGGUUCGUCAGACAUCACAUGAUUUUUUUUUUUUUGAAGUUUACUACUUAUCUGUUACUUCUCACCUGAGGCUAAUGCUAAUGCCAAAGCUAACACACUAAAAGUUGUCCUGAUUUCCCCUCUCUGUCCUUUUAUUUGUUCAGAUUGUCAGUUUGGAGGAAAUCCGAUGAAUAAUCUCUCAGAUUAGAGUGAAUGCUGGAAAUGGAGAAUUUUUUUCUCUUCAUUUCAUUCUGAAAACUCGCUCCCGCUGAUUUGUUGUUGAUUCAUUUCCAAUUUAAAAACAUGAAGAUAAAGACAAAUGUUCUUAAGAGUUUCUUGUUUCAAGAGAAAAAAUAAUCUACCAAUGGGAUUAUUAGCUAAUUUUUAAAACUAUCCUGUAAAUCUGCAGUUUAGACCUUCAGGCUGUAACUACAGUAAACUGACAACAAAAAUAUUAUAUAUUAUUAUAUAUUAAAUAUUAUGUAUGGAAAUAUGUAUAUAUACAUAUAUAUAUGUAUAUACAUGUGUGUAUAUGAGAUUACACAGGUAUGAGGUCCACAAUAUUAAUAAAAACUUAAUUAUAAUUCUAAAUAAAUUAUAAAUUGUGACAAUCUCACAAUUUUGUCUCAGAUUUUUUUAAUGGUUUUUGUUUCCAACAGAAUGUCCACAUGUGGUCCUAAUCCUAAUCCUGAUCCUGAUCCUAAUCCUCCAUGUGCAGUUUAGUUUUUGAUUCUUAAAAUAAGAACAAAACACUUUGUUUUAACUCGUUAUUUUCAAUUUAAUCUUAAACUCAACUGUAACGUUGGAUUAAGACAAAGUGAGACGUUGAUUAUUUUUCUUUUUAGGCAAAAAAAAAAGAAGAACAUUU